AUGUCUAUGCCGUCCUGCUGUUCGUCUAGAACCCUGCGAUCCGUGCGUUUUGCGAAUCUGUGCCACGUUCCCCUUUCCCUCUCGCCCCCUCUACCCCUUGUCAAGAUGCGUGGCGCACGGUUCUCGUUCUUGUGGCGUUCCUACGUGCCAUCCUGGGCACCCGAGUUUGCAGGCGUGGCGCACGGUCGUGCAACCGCCUUCUUGCCUUCAUUUCGAUUCCUUUCAUCCCUUUAUGUCCUCUCCCAUCCUGCUCUCCUCUCCUCUCCCAUCCUGCUCUCCUCUCCUCUCCCAUCCUGCUCUCCUCUCCUCUCCCAUCCUGCUCUCCUCUCCUCUCCCAUCCUGCUCUCCUCUCGUCUCCUGCUCUCCUCUCCUGCUCUCAUAUCCUCUCCUGCUCUCAUAUCCUCUCCUGCUCUCAUAUCCUCUCCUGCUCUCAUAUCCUCUCAUGCUCUCAUAUCCUCUCCUGCUCUCAUAUCCUCUCCUGCUCUCAUGUCCUCUCCUGCUCUCAUAUCCUCUCCUGCUCUCAUAUCCUCUCCUGCUCUCAUAUCCUCUCCUGCUCUCAUAUCCUCUCAUGCUCUCAUAUCCUCUCCUGCUCUCAUAUCCUCUCCUGCUCUCAUGUCCUCUCAUGCUCUCAUAUCCUCUCCUGCUCUCAUGUCCUCUCCUGCUCUCAUAUCCUCUCCUGCUCUCAUAUCCUCUCCUGCUCUCAUAUCCUCUCCUGCUCUCAUAUCCUCUCCUGCUCUCAUGUCCUCUCCUGCUCUCAUAUCCUCUCCUGCUCUCAUAUCCUCUCCUGCUCUCAUAUCCUCUCCUGCUCUCAUAUCCUCUCCUGCUCUCAUAUCAUCUCCUGCUCUCAUAUCCUCUCCUGCUCUCAUAUCCUCUCCUGCUCUCAUAUCCUCUCCUGCUCUCAUAUCCUCUCCUGCUCUCAUAUCAUCUCCCAUGCUGCCCGUCUGA